AUGACGAUAACAGCCACGACAACUGAGGAGGAGGCUCCGGGCCUGCACCUCAGAGCUUCCCACGUUGCCUUUGAGCUGCCGCACGCCGAGCACACGACGGGCACCGUCCAGCCCAUCGAGCAUGCCGCCGGCAGCGCCGUCGACUUUGGGGCCGAGGUGUACGGCAUCGACCUCAACAACUUCACCGAUGCCGACUUUGCCUUCAUCUCGGACGCCCUGCACUGGCACAAGCUUCUCGUCUUCAAGCAGCAGCCACGCAUGCUCGAGCCGCACCAGCAGUACCGCCUGACCUCGAGCUUCGACCCUGACGAGAAGACGGGCGGCUUCGCCCACGGCGCAGACCCGUACCUGACGUCGCACAACGGCGUCGACAUCUACGGCAUCCCCAAGCGGCCCUCGAUCCCCGAGCAGCCGCAGGUGCACAUCCUCGGCCGCGGGCCCUUGCCCGAGAACCACUACGGCUUCCCUCCGGGCUUCGAGGUCCAGGGCAUCGACCACACCGAGUUCCACCUGCCGCCGCACAUUCCCGCCGAGGAGCGCGAGGCCGGCGCCUCGCGCUUCUACCAGUGGCACUGGGACGGCUCGCUGUACAAGAUCCCCCCCCUCGCGUCGGAUCGCUCCGGGGGCUACCGCCAUGGUCGCCGGGUCCGCGCGCUGGCCUUGCUCGACGGCCCAACCCGCGCGGUCGUCGAGAACUCGCGCAUCGAGUACGCCCCGCACGCGUUUGUCUGGAUGAGCACCGCGCGCAGUACGCGCCUGGGCCACCUGCUCGAGACCGAGGGGCUCGAGGUCCCGCUGGACAAGCUCCCGUCCUGGAGCAAGGAGCAUGUCUGCGUGUACCCGAUGGUCUGGACCAACCCGGUCACCGGCGAGAAGAGCCUCCAGGUCCACGGCCAGGGCGCGUUCAAGCUGUACUUGAAGGACGGGCCGGACGCGGAGGAGAGGGUCGUCGAUGACUUGGGGGAGGUCCGCGCUUUUAUGGACAAGAUCAUGAAGCCCGUCCUCCAGCCCGAGAACAUCUACGCACACCCCCACCAGGAGCAGGACGUCAUCCUGUGGUACAACAGGGCGUUGUGGCACAGCAUUACCGAGUUCCCAAAGUCCUACGGACCCAGGGUGAUGCACCAGUGCAAUAUUGCCGCGUCGGACCACCCCUCCGGAUAG